GUGUUAGCCCUACGUUAUUGCUGCGUUGUGUCGUUUUCGUCGUUUUGUUUACAUACCAAGCCCCAAAAUUAACAUUCAAUUGGCAUAUACAUAUUUUUUUGUUAUUUUUGGCAGACAACGUGCGUUUAAAUGUUAAGCUACAAUGCUCGCGCACUAGCACAAGUAUUAAGCAUUGCCUAAGUGUUGUGUAUUUGUGUGCAUGUCCACAUGUUUUUGGUUGAAUAAGAAAAUCAGCUGCAAGCAAACGCAAGCGAUUUGUUUUCAUAUUUUUGUUUGUGAACUACGACGGCCUACUUUUUAUCAAUCAUCAAUCGCAAUUUGUAUUUCUGUAAGCAAAGGAUCCGAUUUGUGCAUGCGUCAUUGCAACUAUGUAAUUUGUUUUGUGAUUCACAUUCCGCAUUCCGAGCAAAACAAACACGAAAAAAUACCGUUACACUGUAAGCGCGUCGCUCGCUGUGUGGGAGGGUGUGCAUGUAAGUGCUUUCGGCGGAGUACAUGUGUAUACAUACAUGUACGUACAUGUGUACGUGCAGUGCGAAUCCUUUUGCUCAGCUUUCGCACUGACGCCUCGCAUGUGUGUGUGUGUGUGUUUGUGUGCCGCUCUUUGAAACACGAAAUGAUAGCGAAAGCAAUAAACAGGGCAGGCGAAGAAAUCGAGCAAAAAUAUGCUUAGAAAUUGAAACGGUCUAAAUUAAUUCGAAAUUGCAAUCAAUUGCCACAAAUCGGGGCUCGUUCAGUGUAUUGGGCUGGACAUGACACAUGUCUGCUAAAAACUAAGCGACCCCGCCCUCACCUCACCCUUAGCAGUGGGUGACAACAAGUGAUAAAAAACAACUGCACACUGCAGUCCAACUUGCAAUUGUAAAUAACAAACACACACACGCAUGUGCACACACACACACAUACAUACUUGUGAAAAAGAACGGAACACGCCCAAAGCUAUAGCCAUAACGUGUUGCCCACAAGAAAGACUCCUCAACAACGCCCAUUAACAGAAACAACAAUAACAAUAGCAGCAGCAGCAGCAGCAGCAGUAGAGGCAACAGACAGUGUUGCCAAGUGGCGCAAAGUGUAACAAUAAGUCGAAUAAACGUAACGUCCUUGGUAACGGCAAACGUCAAAACUGGAACAGGCAUAAAAAGAACAAUACGAAAAAGGACAGCAGCGACAUACAGCGAAAAAAAAAGCCCAAGGUGUGGUGGAAAAAAUAUGGCCGCAGCAGCGUCAACAUCGCCUACAGCAGCAACAGCAACAACAAAGACAGCAGCAGCAGCGGCAGCGGCAGCAACCGACGCAGUGGGCGGCAGCGGGGGCAUCGAUACGGGCAACGGCAUCGAGAUGCUGAAAGCAUUGUACGAUUUCCAGGCGGUUUAUCCGAAAACAAUCAGUUUCGAUGAGGGCGAAUAUUUUAUACUCUAUCAGACGUCCGCACGCCAGCGUAACUGGUGGCAGGUGGUCAGCAUGAAGGGCAACAUUGGCUUUGUGCCAUCCAAUUACGUAAUGAAGAUAAAGGUGGAGCAUGACUUUCUGAUCAGCUUUCUCAACUCCUCGAUUGAGUCGCUGGAGAAGUGCACUGAGCCAGAGAUAAAUGGCAUCAUGUCCAAGGAGGAGCUGCUCGACAGGCUGCGCGAGAAGAAGCACACCAUGGAGCGGAUCUAUGCGGAGAGCUCGGAGCGUGAUGGUGACUCAUCCUUGUCCUAUUCGCACAGCUACAGCGAGAAGCAGCAGCAGCAGCUGAGCGGCAGCCAUAGCCAUUCGCACCGGCACGCGCACACGCAUCCGCAUCAACAGAAAUCCCAACAGAAUAGUCCGCCUGCCAUGCAACGCCUGGACAUGAGCAAGAAGAGCAUGUCCAGCCCGGCGGUGGGCGUUAGUGUGCCACAGCAAUCGAUGCCGGAAUCGCCCAGCAUGGGCAGCAUGCAUCAGUUGCCGAGCAGCAGCUGCACCGUACAGACGCCACAGCAGCAGCAGCAGCCGCUGCCGGCGCCUCCAUUGGUGGCCAGCACGUCGGCAGCAGCAGCUGUUGCGGCGCAAACGCAAAAGGUGUCCGCGUCCGUUUCGGAUGUGGCGCAGGACAACAGUAUCACCUCAGAGCCGUCGGAGACGACAACAACAACAACAACCACCAGCGAGGAUGUGGUCACCACCUACAAGGAGACCAGCCAGCUGAGUGCCAGCAACGGAGCCACAUCAACAGCUGCUGCUGCUGCGGCCAUCCUAACGGCAGCCGCAACAACAGCAGCAUCUGCAGCAGACGCAGCAGGGCAGGCGCACAACGGCAGCAGCGGCGGCGGCGAGCCGCUCAGCCUGAGCCUUAGCCAGGGCGCAGACAGUGCGCCCGACAAGUCCGAGGCGAGCGACGACGGCUGCAAUGGCUGUGCGGACAAUAGCCAAGCGCUCGACGAGAGCAUUGAGAGUGCAUCGCUGUCGCAUCGGCACGGCGUCAGUCUGGCGGCAGGCGUUAGCAAUGGGCGUGGCGGGCUUAAGGUGGAAUCAUCGGAUGUGUAUCAGAUUGUGGAUGCCUUGCGUCGCAAUACCAAUCUCAGCUUUGAUUUGUCCUGCGAGGCGUUGCGCGUGGUCCUUACCAGCUUGGAGCAGCUAUACAAUGGCGCCAUCAAUCCGUAUCUGGAGGCCGUAGCCGUGCAUGUCACCGGCAAGGUGGCCACGCCCAAGGAGCUGCUGGGCAUAACGCACGACUCGAAGCGAUUGCAAUAUCUGUUUGCCCAGCUGGCCGACUGCAAGAACGAUACGGAACAGCGCACCUGGAUGCUGUACGAGGACGAGGAGGACAUCAUACAGUUUCUCGAGGAGCUCGUCGAGAUACUGAAUAACGCUGAUGAGAACAUCAGCUGCUACGAGAUGUCGUGCGAUCAAUAUCAGAUGUUCAUCAAUCUGGUGCAAUACUAUCAGAUGGAGACGCGUUGGUCCAUCAAAAAACUCUUGCUUAAGACUUUCACAGCUGCCUGCCAUUUGGAUCACAUCAUUGUUGACAUACUGCUAACCUCGGUGCUGCCAUUGGAGAUUGUGGAGGAUAUGAAGACGCACUUUGCCAAUUUGGAUCGCUUUAAGCAGCUGGUGAAAAUGUUAACCAUCAUCUUCUCGUUGGGCCAGCCGAUGCCGGUCAAUCAUCAGGACUAUUUGGGCGUGCAUUUUGCCAGCUUUCUGCUGGAAAUUGUUGAGGGCAACAAUCCGGAGCUGCUGGUCGAUAUGGUAAUUGCCCUCAUACUUGCCUUCAAUCAACAAUUUGGUGAGCAUACGGUCAAUGUGAUCAUUGAGGCCAUGCAAAAUUUGCCCACGGCCAAGGUGUUCACCGAGAAGCUAUUGCUGCUGCUCAAUCGAGAGGAUGAUCCGACGCGUCUGCUGAAGCAUCAUAAUCAGCAUAUGAACACGGUGCUGCGCAUGUUUAUUGACAUAUUCAGCCAUCCGGAUACGGCCGGCAUGUUUUAUACUAAUGACAUUAAGGUGCUAAUUGAUAUUGUGGUGCGUCAGCUGUCCGAUUUGGAUGCAGGCAGUGCGACACGCCCUUGCUAUUUGGAGCUGUGCCGUCGCAUCUUGCGCAACACAAACUAUCAGGAGCAUCAGCAUCGCAAGCAUGAUCUGAUGAAGAUCUUUACGCGCAUCUUUUGCGAGGAGACCGAAUGCAGCGCAUCCGAUCAGCAGCUGGUGCGCGAAAUAGCUAACGAAUUUCCCCAGUUGUUUAAGGCAUAAUCAGCCCCCCAACAAAACGAAAGCAAAAAGCAAAAAUAGACAAACCACACACUAAAAAUUAAACAAAAUAUAAUUAUGUAAAGCGUUGCUAGUGAGGCUAACUAAGUGAGCCAAUGACAAUUUUCAAAUUUAGAAUUUUUAUAGGUUCUAGGUCAGGGCAUUAGCAUUCUCUAACAUUUCGAACUGCAUUUCCGACAACUGACGCGAACAUUUAUUUAUCAUUAUUAUACAAAUUGAUCUUUUUUUUUUUUAUAUACUUAUAUAUAUAUAUUUACUAAAUAAUUAUCUAAAUCUGUUUCCGUUUUGCAGCAUUUUGUAGCGUAUCUUAUGAGACAGCCAACUAUUUGCAUAUGAAAAAUCAUAUAUGUUGUGCUUGUGCGCAAACUUUAUAGAGAGCUAGACACAGACUUGUUAAUAGUUGCUCUAGUAUAUCAUGAAUAAUAUUAUAAUAUGCAUACAACAAUUACAUUUAAGUCGGGUAUAAAGCAAAUGAAGCCAAAGCUAACAUUUAUCACAAUGCUGUUUGGAUAAUUAUAGAAGAAUCAUAUGUUGUUUAUGCAGUAUGCAAAA